UCUGAUUGGACGGUCGGAAUGUCAAUUAUCAGCGUUCAACGGGAAGGCUGCUGUACAUGGCCUGCGAAGUACUGUCAACACUAACGACUGUACCAGCUACAUUUAGGCCGGAUUUAAAACCCUCCGAGGGUUUCUGCUGCUGGUGCUUCGGAUGUCCAAGUACAAACUCUUUCUGCUGAGGCAUGGAGAGGGGGCCUGGAACAAAGAGAACCGUUUCUGCAGCUGGGUUGACCAGAAGCUAAGUGAAGAUGGGGUGAAGGAGGCCCAGGACUGUGGCAGGCUCUUGAAGGAGCAGGGCUACAAGUUCGACUUAGUAUUCACCUCCAUACUUAGCCGCUCCAUCCAGACAGCCUGGCUGGUGCUGGAGGCCAUGGGCCAGGAGUGGGUCCCUGUCGUCAAGUCCUGGAGACUUAAUGAGCGCCACUAUGGUUCCCUGAUUGGCUUGAACCGGGCAGAAAUGGCUGCACAACACGGAGAGGAAAAAGUGAAGUUGUGGAGAAGGAGCUACGACAUCACUCCACCUCAAAUUAAUGAAUCACAUCCUUACUUCCUGGAAAUCUACAAUGACCGCAGGUACACUACUUGUGAUGUGCCAAAGGAGAGCCUUCCACGAGCAGAGAGCCUGAAGGAGGUGUUGGACAGGUUGCUGCCAUACUGGAACAACACUGUGGUGCCGGAGAUAAGGAGGGGCAGGACUGUGCUCAUUUCUGCUCAUGGAAACAGCUGCAGGGCUCUGCUGAAACACCUGGAAGGUAUAUCAGAUGAGGACAUAGCCAGCGUGACUUUACCUACAGGGAUACCUGUGCUGCUUGAGCUGGAUGAAAACCUCAAGCCUGUGAAACCGCGACAGCUCUUGGGAGACCAGGCAAAGAUUCAGGCGGCCAUUAAAAAGGUGGAGGACCAGGGAAAAGCCAAACCAUCAACUUGAAUGCACUAAGCUAGCUGUAAGACUUAACAAAGCUCUGUUCUUGUCUCUUCGGAGUCUCUUCAAAAGACCCAAAUAACUCAUUACAUAUAACAUUAGACAAUAACAACAACAGAUUGUUGUUAGUAAGACUGAAAGAAUAAUUGUAAGUCUUACAGUGAAGUUACUGUACGUGUAAUAGUGGCCUGACCUGAAUACAAGAUAUGGGUGUCUCAGGUCAUACUGGUUCUACUGGGGUAGGAAAAAGUUCAGAGAUGUACUGUGAAUGUUUCUACACUGUGUAUUAUGUGUAAGCACUGAGGAAGUGUUUGGUUUAUAUCUUAUUUUUAAGCUAAUUGUCCCUACUGUAUGGUGACCCUAAAGUGUUUAUUUAUUUACUCAUUGACUCUACCUUGCAGAUUAAUAAUGAUAUGGUGAAGCUGAAAAAUCUUGAAUUAUGUCAUAUUCAGACAGAGGACAAUAUUGCUUCUUUGCUAAAUUAUACUUUUCUAUUACACUGCUAAGCUUUAGGGAACAUCCCCUUGCAUUUUAAACAUGUGCCUUCAGUAUUAACCUAGUGCGCCAAUUCAUAUUUUUUAACAGCUCAAACACAUGUUAUGGUGUUUUUAUUUAAGAAACAAACAAACUUUACCUCAUAGAUAAUAAUAGCCAGACUGUUCAUUUCAAGAAUGGGGUAAAUAUGAGCCACAGAAAUACAAAUGUAAAUAGGCAAAACACUGCAGUACUCUACUGUCUUAUGUGAGUUACUCAACUUUACUUUUAAAUGUCCUACUUAAAAAGGGUGACAGCUGAUUUUAUUCCAGUACAAGAACAUUAAAUCUCACACAGAAUAGAUUGAAUUUAAUAGUGGCUAACGACCGUGGCUAUUUGCUAUGAUAACUGGUUUAUGUUUUGCACCAUGUUGGGAUAUUAGGAGGAUUUUGUAAUGUAUCUCCUUGUUGCAUAAAUGCAAAAAACCAUCAGUGGUGAACAUGAUUAUUUUGGAUACAUUUAAUUAGAGUUUAAUUGUAGAAAACAAGCACUGUUUUGGUUUUAGUUUUAAAUUCGAAAUUAUUAUCAAACAUAUGUAGUUAUUUGAUGUUCCUUGUGUUCUGUUACUAAAAUGACUGAUAAUGUUACAAACCACUCAUCAGUCUGCACAAUACUCUUACAGCAGCACUAUCUUGACAUAUUAUGUCACUACUGUGUGUGGCACUUGUUUGUAAUUGUAUGGCACUGUCUGUUGUUUGUAUUUUUAUGGUACUGUACAUCAUUUGUGUGGUCUGUUUUCCCAGUUUGUUUGUUGUGUUUCUCUGCCACUGUAAUUUUGUGCACUUGCCUCUUAGGUCAGCAGGGGAAAAGGGAUAAGUUAAGAACAUGCAUUUGUUGAAAGGGUAGAAAACACUGACAUAUUUGUAAUUCCAUGUAGGAUGAUUUAAUGCCUUCCCUGCUGUCUACACCUUACCAGGAAAAAGUUAGCCUGA